UAUACCCCCAAAAACCAAACCCCGCCAACAACCGGGGCCCGGAAAUACUCGAACCAGUAAACCCGGCAGUGCCCACUUACUUAUACCCAGAAACCCGCGAGCUGGACCUCAGCUUAGUAACUAUGAGUAACAUUAUCUCCCCGCCCAGUUUCCCGCAUCUUAAAAGAUGUACCUACCGUACCGUCUACACUCCCCAAAGCAACACCCACCACCACACCACCCCCUACAGAAAGCAUCUCUAAAACCAACCCAACACCCCCAAUCUAGACCCCUCCAAUUCAGCCACAACCCCGAAGCACAGCGCAGCGCAGCGCAUUGCAUCGCCCCCGAGACGAACGCAGAGCAGAUCAUCUGCAGCCAGCCAUCCAGCCAUCCAGCCAACACUGACCUACCUGUCAGGCCACUAGCCAUUCAACCAGCCAGCCAUCCAGCCAGCCAGUCCACCCGCAAAGCGGGAAGACCAAGGCAGGUCUAGACGCCGAUCCUGGCUGCAUAAGCGACACACCACCCUUCUGCGGAAGAUAACACAUACCAUGUACAGCAAUAAGACGUAAGGAAAAGGAUGAUCUGAGCGCCACCGGCCGCCACAAGUCGAUG